AGAUUUCUUCUCAAUAUUUGUAGUCGCUAUUGACCGUCCAUUGUCUAAAGGCUAAAUAAAUUUUUGAAAAACUAAACAAUGAGGGUGUUUAAGUUUUUUUUAAUUGCGGUAACAAUACUUAUAAAUAAAUCGGCAAGUGAAAGGCCGAAUGUUUAUUUCGAUGAGGUCGGAUUUAUUGUCGGAAUAUUUGAAAAAAAUCCUUUAAGACAAAAUGAAAUUUUGUUUGUCGGUCAAGGAGUUGUAAUUGGACCUGAUAAAGUUAUCACUAGCUCCGAAUUUCUUCAUGAGGAUGCCGAUUUGCAAGUACGCGCUUAUAAUUGGCCGAAAAAUAAUCGUCAAAAGGAUAAAAAACCGUCGAUGUCGGAUUAUCAAGAACGAAAAGUUGAAGAAAUAAAACUAGUGACGGAACUUUCGCUUCUUCAAUUACUUAUUUUGGAGGAACCUUUUGAAAAUAGUGUUCCUUCCAUCAAUUACAUUGAUUAUUAUUCCACAGAUGUCUAUAACAUGGGCAACAAGUGCGCAUUAGUGAAACUUAAGUACAAGGACAGUAAUGUUUACCAUAAAUUACUUGGCCCAACUCUAAAGAUCAAACAGAGGAAAAUAGCCAAGCAAAAGUCUUAUAGGCCGGAAGGAUGCAGCACAAAGGUUCGGUCGAUUAUAACUAAAAUUCACAUGAACGUAUUUAGAGAAAAUAAGUAUUUUUGUGUUACGGAAACUGGGAAAAAAUAUUGCAACAGUUAUCCAGGAGCAGCUCUCAUUUGUCAAUCUUUGACAAACGACGAAAUUUAUUUAGCAGGCAUUCAAAUUCUCAAUGAUAAUUGUGAGCUCAUGUUUCAAAACACUCAAACUCUUCCAGAAAAUAUAGAGUAAAUAACAUUAUAAUUAAUUAUAAAUAUUAUCAGAAAUAAAAAUUACUGAAACUUGA